AAAUCCAUCUUUUCUUCCAUUGGCUUCGUUUCAACGAGGAUUGGUGGGUCACAGUCCUCCUCAGCUUCCAUGUUUCAUAUGAUCGUAAGAAAUUUCCAAAUCGUAACAACCCAUUUGAUAUUUUGAUCUGAAAUUUUUUCUAAUCUAAGUUUCUGAGGUUUCGAAAUGGUGAAACCAGGACUUUCAUCUUUGAUAGGGUUGAAGGCGGUAGCUUUAUUCUCUCUAUUUCUAUUUUUUAGGUUCUAUGGCUUCAGAUUGUUAUCAUUUCAAUUCUUAUAUGCUUCUUUAGUUUCUUUCUUGGUUUCAGUUGCUUCUCUUCCAUCAAUCAAUCUUCCCCUGCUUUUGGGAAAGAAAUCAGAUGGGACUUUUCCCAUUUGGUCCGUCAUUAUUUUUGGUCCAUUUUUGUAUUUUGUUCGAUAUCUUCCUUCAUUGCGUGGAUUGUACCGUAAAGAUGAUCCUUACAGUGAAAUUUGUGAUGGUUUAUUUGUUGGGGGGUGGCCUUGUUCACCUGAUAGAUUGCCUCCUUGUAAUCCUGCCAUUGUUGAUUGUACUUGUGAAUUGCCAAGGUGUUUAGAACUCUCUGGGGCGGGUUAUUUGUGUGUUCCAACUUGGGAUACACGCUCUCCUCAGCCUCGAGAAAUUGAAUUGGCCGUUCGGUGGAUUUGUAGAAAGAGAGAGCAGAAGAAGCCGGUGUUCAUCCAUUGUGCUUAUGGUCAUGGAAGAAGUGUUGCCGUUACGUGUGCAGCGUUAGUGGCUCUAGGAGAGGCAGAAGAUUGGAAAGAUGCAGAGAAGAUAACAAAGGAAAAACGACCUUGCAUCAGGAUGAAUUCUUCUCAUCGCAAAGCCUUGGAAGAAUGGUCGAAACAUCGGCUAUCCGCUCCAAAGAAGAGACAAUGAUGUGAGUCCUAAGCUUCUUUCUGGUAGCUGAAUAGCAAAAACAUGAAUCUAAUAGGCCAUUCCAAACCCCUCCCCUUCUAAUCUUCCAUAUCUUAUUGCUUGGAUGAGCAUUUGAUGUAUCAUCAUUGAGUACUAGUAAUAUUAAUAGAUAAACAAACUCUGUAACAAAAAGUUUUCAUCUUUCUAUCUUGGAUUUAGUCAUUCAAUUUCUGUGGCUUCCAUUUGCCAUUAUUGCCCUUUGCCUGCAAGUUGGUUAGUUCAGCCUUGAAGUGUAGAUAUAGUCUUAUAGACAUGAAUGAACGUAGAAAUCGCUGAAAUCUAUGGAACUUUGAUUCUGUAGCUAUUUGAAUUUAAACCUAUAUAUGCUUUUUACUGUAUUCUUUUUCAA